GGAUAUAAAACCUUCCACCCGUUCAAUCGUUCCAUUUUUAACACUGAUUGCCCGUCAUAAUGUUCCAAUCCGUAUUAGUUCUAGUACUUUUCCCGAUCGUCGUUUACUUGAUACUACGAUGGAAGCAUCGUCGUUUCUAUAGGAUAUCUUCUGAACUGCCAGGUCCCGUCAACUAUCCACUUAUCGGUUGUGGCCAUCUGUUCAUCGGCAAGUCCAACGAGGAGCAGUUUGCCAUCCUGAAUGAUAUCACCAAAACGUAUCCGUCACCGUGUAGAGCAUGGCUCGGUCCCAAACUAUUCGUUUUCAUCGACAACCCGGAAGAUAUGCAGGUGAUCUUGAACUCGCCGAAUUGCCUGGAGAAGGCCGACUUGUAUCGAUUUUUCCGCUGUGAGAAAGGACUUUUUUCUUCGCCUGCUAGCAUUUGGAAAGUUCACCGUAAAUUGCUGUCACCGUGCUUUAGCCCGGCGAUAUUGGCCAGUUUUGUGUCGAUAUUCAACGUGAAGAGUGAAAUAUUGGUGCAGAGGCUCGAGAAGAACUUGGGACAAGGAGCUUUCAAUUUGUUUGGAGAUAUUUCAAGAUGUACUUUGGAUAUGAUAUGUGCUACUACCUUGGGAACGAAUAUGGACUUGCAAAGCAACGAAGGCACCGAGUUUAUAAAAUCUAUUGAAGAUGCCUGUGAAUUGAUCAACUGCCGUCUGUAUAAGUUCUGGCUUCACCCAGAAUGGAUUUAUCAAAGAACUAAAUACUAUAAAGAAGAAAAGUACUGCUACGAAAAAGCGUACGAAAUGUCUCGCAAAAUUUUGAAAAUGAAGCAAGAGGCUAGGAGUAAAUCAAGGAACACUUUGAACAACAACGACAACAUCCUUUCGAAGAGUCCGCAGAUCUAUAUAGACCAGAUCCUACGUUUAGCAGAAGAAACGGACGUAUUCGAUAACCAAGCUAUUAAGGACGAGUUGGAUACCAUAAUCGUCGGAGGAAACGAAACUUCGGCAUUGACCUUGUCACAUGUGAUGCUUAUGUUAGCCAUUCACCAGGAUAUCCAACAAAAAGUAUACAACGAAAUUGUGAACGUGAUCGGAAGCUGCGAUCCGUCAAUACCGGUUCACAAUGAUCAACUUUCUAAACUGAUCUACACAGAAAUGGUGAUGAAAGAAACGAUGAGAUUGUUCCCCGUUGGUCCAGUAGUGGCCAGAACUUGCACUUCACCAACCCGUAUUUCCAAAACCACCAUUCCGGCGGGUACCAACAUAGUCCUGGGAGUCUACAACGUGCACCGGAAUCCAAAACAUUGGGGACCAGAUGUGGACCGUUUCGAUCCGGAGCACUUCUUCCCGGAACGGGUAGCAGAACGGCAUCCCUACUCGUUCCUGCCGUUCAGUGGAGGACCCCGCAACUGUAUCGGCUACAAGUACGGUCUGAUGUCGAUGAAGAUAAUGCUGUGUCAUCUGUUGCGUGCUUAUCGAUUCCGAUCGCCACUUAAAAUGGACCAGCUGCAGCUGAAAAUGAGUAUCACACUGAAGAUUGCGAACCGGCAUAUGGUGACGGUGGAGAGGAGGAACGGAUGAGGGAUUUAUUAGAUAGGUUUCCAUUGUACAAGCUACUUAGUAAUUAUAAGUUGUUAUCGACAAUAAAUUGUAUCUUCUGGAUGUGAUUUUGAACAAACAACAAUUAUGAAAUAUAACAUAAUAGGGGUAUUCACUUAAA